GUUCUGAAAUACGUUUUACUUUUAGUGCGAAGUGAUUUUGUUUAUAUUUAAUACAAUACUAAAAGUAAUUAUUCAGAUAUAAAAUACUAGCUUCUAAGAGCUUGUUUGUCUAACUACUAAUAGCGUUGGGUAGUCAGCCUGUUGAAUUGUUAGCCUUCAGGUGUGUUAGAAACUACAACAUUGAAGGACUUUGAAAGAUUGGACAAGCAUUUUAGAGGUAUUUUAAAUGCGAAGAAACUCAUUUUGUCAAAUGUGAUUUUCUGGAAGUGUAUAGUCUCAAAAUGGUUGCAGUAACCAGAAAUAAGUGUAGAAGGUCACUGAGAAGGACUGAUAACUUAAUCACAACAGUGAAAAAUUCUUCUAUGGUUUUCAAAACUCCUAAAAGCAGGGCUUUCAAGAAGAAAAGUAAGCAGAAAAGACCAAAAGAAAAUACUGUAAGUAAUUCUAGGAGUGACAGUUUAUUAUCUGAUUUCCACCAAGAGGGGUCCAGUGCACUGUGUUUGACUUCUUGUAACAAUGAGAACAGAUCACAGUCUUCUUCGGUAAACAAAGAGAAUGAAUCCAAGUGGGAGAAAAAAAGACUUAGAAUCACAUGUGGAUCAAAAGAAAAAAAACAAACCUCUUCUCAUUCUGCAAUCGACAGUGGUAUUUUACUUUCAUCUCUAAACAGCACAAACCAAAACUCUGAUCUCAAACCCAAUAAGACAAAGCACAGAACCAAAUGCAAGACACGCACAACAUUAAGUAUUUCUCAUGAUGACUCUGAAAGACUUUGUACAACCAUCCAAUGUUACACCUCUACACCAAACCCUGCUGUUCCUAAGAAUGGAACCUCUUCACCAGUUAGACCAUUGGGCAGUACUGAAGAACCUUUUUUAUUUAGCACUGAAGAUAAGGAGUCUAAUUUAUUGUCCACAACUGAGGACUAUGGACUUGUCUCUCUGUUUGAAACACCUCCAGACUUGUCUCCUGUGGCAUCUCAAAACUACACAAGUAUAAAGUUUCCUUCCAAUUCUAAUAUUGAGCAAAUAGAUACUUCCUUGUCUCCUGUUGUGCAUUUUGGGGAAUCAAAGAAGCCAAGAAAAAGCUACAGCCACUCUUCUCUUAAAGCCAUUAAGAAAUGUUUGGUUCUAGACUCUGAAACUCACUAUCAUAAAGAAAACAAAGACAGCCAUAAAAAGUCUUCAGGAAAGAGAAAGAACCAGAAAACUCAGAAUGACGAAUAUGAGAAUUGGGCAUCACAGGUGAACCAAGAUUUGAUGGAUGCUGAAAACUUUGAACUGGUUUGUGAAUGAAAAAAAAAAAGUUGAACUUUUUAAAUAACUAACUUCUGAAUUGUAUUUGGAUUCUUGUGUAUUUCAACUUUUAAGACUUUUUUUCAGUUUUAAUAUUUUAUUUAACAAUGUGUUUAAGAAACAAAAUUACAAUAGGUUUCAUUUACCUGUACAUGUAAAUUAAUUUUUAUUAGAUCAAAAGUAGACUUGAAUGCAUGCAAGAUUUGUAUCAGAAUUCAAGAAAAUGAGUAAAUACUUAUAGAAGGUAGACCUUCCUUAAAAUAUUUGGGUUUCAUGAUCUAACUUUCUGAUCUUAUGUAUUCUUAAGUAUUGCAAAUGAAGUAGAAAUAUUUGCCAUAAGAAAGCUUGCUUCACAUCAAUCCAUAGAACUGUAUAUUUAGUUUCAUUGUAUGUUCCUGUAUUUUUAUUAAAUACUAUGUUUCAUUGCAAAGCCUGUGUUGAAGAAAAGAAGUAUACAAUAUUGACUGCUUUUACCCUUCAUAAACUGUGAACAAGGGUUCUUUAUAGCUUAUUAUACAUAACCGUAUAUCUAAGUUGCCAUUGGAAUUAUAGGUGUAUAGUAAUCUACCAGAGCCUAUUUUACCCAGAGGCUCAGAUUUUUCAGCAGAAUGUUUUUAUUCUUGUCUGUAAGAAAAGUAAAUUUUACUAUUUAGUUGAUUUCAGUAUAUAUAAAAAAAAAGAAUGGUACGAAAACUGCAUUUUCCUUGAUGUUAUUCCUGUUUUGUUUAUUUCAGCUUUAUUGCAUUUAUUGGGAUA